AUGCGUCGCGUGGCUCACUCUAGGUUUGGGGCCGGGGGCUAUCGAUGCAUCUCUGGUGUGGCGCCAAUGCUGUAUUUUCCAACAAACCCUACUUCCAAGUUAACUAAGGAUGAACAGGUGAAGAGGAAUACCAGUAUCGCAAUUGAAAUGAUUAAACGCUAUAAGGGGCCGAUACCUCCUCAAUACACCCGGAAGUCUACAUCGACGAUAGAGCAGCUUGAAAAGGAGAUUGAUGCUUUGCUGGGUGGGGCCGAAAAAAUGCGGAAAAGCACGACCGAUGAUCAACCCAUGGAUAAGCUUACACUAAUGGAGCGUUGUCUUCGCCAUGCUCUUUGGUCAUAUCACAAAGAAGAGGGCAGAUGUGACUUUGAUCAGAUAGCCAAGUGGGUUGUUUAUACCCCAGAGGACGAGGUGAAACUGGCUCAGUUGAAGCGUGAAGCGGAAUCCAAAAAGAAAUUGGUUGCCUUCCGAAAGCGUCGCGCAGAACAGGGUCUUCCAAGUGCUUUGCUUCCAAAAAAUAAUUGGGCUCAAGAGUACGCCACUGUCAUUGACCGUGAAAUUGUUACUGCAAAGCGUGCUCGAUACGACGCACUUGCAGUUCAAACUACGGAAUGUGACGACAAACAAAUCGAGGCUGUUCUUCAAGAGUACAGAAAACCCGCACAGGAUCGAAGACUGGAUGAACUGGUUGAUCUCCUUGAGCGUUUUAAACCUGUCCUGGCUCGUGAAGCAAUUAUGCAGCGUUUGACGAUCAAGCAUCUUGAAGGGCAACUUGGUGUUUGGCGUUACAUGGACUGGUGCCCAGAGGUUCGUGAUCGCGCUGAGCUGGAGGUGGACAUCACGGGCUGGCAGUGGUGGUCUCCGCUGGAAGAACGUCGUCUCCUGCCAGUCCGACUUCGCUCGGUAAACGAGGUUCGUGAAAUUAUGGCCAAGGCUCAAGCGAAGAAGGCAGCUGAGCAAGCUGAGAAGAGCCCGAAGGCCAUUCAGUCCGGCAGCUCAGACAGCGCGCGUGAUCGUUUAUUGAAGGAGGUUCUUGCUCUUCAGGCUCGCAUUAAUCAGCGCGAGGAAAUUGAUUCUUCCAAAAACGACCAGAAGAAGAGGGCUCAUCAUUGA